CGUAGUUUAAUCUCUUGCACAAGCAUGGCGCGCUCCAGUGGAGUUGUUAUGAAUACGGACACUAUGAGACAUGCCGAAUAUACACCGAAAUCAACCAUGCCGAGUGAGACAGAUAUAGACAAACGACUUGGUGGUACUCUGAUAGCAGUGGGACUGGGGGUUGCUGCUGCAGGGUUUGCAGGUCGGUACGCUUUCCAUUUAUGGAGACCUCUAGGUCAGGUUAUUACGGAAGUUGCUAAGAAAAUGCCGUCUGCGUCAUUCUCUGCAUACUACAAAGGUGGAUUUGAGCUGGAGAUGACCAAACGGGAAGCCAGUCUUAUCCUUGGGAUCAGUCCGAAUAGCACAAAGGCAAAGGUGCAAGAAGCCCACAGGAGGAUCAUGGUCCUAAAUCAUCCAGAUAAAGGUGGAUCCCCGUAUUUGGCAGCAAAGAUCAAUGAAGCAAAAGAUUUGCUUGACUCUGGCUCUCGGCGCUGACCCAGCUGCCUGUGCUACCCAAACACACAGUUACAUCUUCCAUGCCGCCAACUCACCCAAGAACCUCCUCAAGUCACUGAUCUUCUUAUGUUUUUCUGCUAUAAAUCAGCAAACUCUCAGCAUAUUGCACUCUGUGUUAUCUGUCAUUGAUUCUUACCUCCACUUUAAUGCAACUCGGCAAAGGUAGAUCAUUCAUGUUAAAAGGUAUUUGCACUGUAGAUGCAGAAUAUCUUACAAUAGUCUUUAUUAUUUAUUGAGGUGACUUGUUAUAUGGUGGACGUAUGCUGAAAAACAACAUGGUAGACAUCAUUUUCUAUAGUGUAAUGGCUUGAUGUAGAGGAAAAGCAAUUAUAUAAUGCUAAAUUUCUUUUUGAUGGCAGUUACUCAUUUUAUCUAAAAAUGGUUUUGAAUAAUUUAACCUUGUGAGAAAUUGUAAACCAGAAACUAUUUGUGGUGUGAAAGCGUUUUUUGUUGUUGUUUAGUUUUUUUAUUUUAUUUUGCUAUCUAAAGUUUUAAUGCCUGUGAAUUUAACUUCUAUCUAUUUUAUCUCUGGGUUGUUGGUUAAAAGUUAUCAUGAAUUAUAUGAUAGAUGCAACACUUUUACGCUACUGUGUAAGAUUGUGUAGUUGCUGUGAUGUUGUGGGCAAUUAUAACACCUGUUAACUUACAAUACAUUUUUAUUUGUAAUAUUUACAUUUGAAUGAACAUUAUUCAAUUAAAUUGACUGUAGGUUAUUAUUGACACCUUGGCUUGUCAAUAUAUUGUAUGGUAUAUAAUAUAUAUCAUAUGUAUAGCAUUUAAAGAUUUAAUUAAUUUUGAAAUAAUUGAAAUGUUAUUUCAAAUUGCUUUCCAAGGAAAAAAACUAUUCAAAUAUAAAAUAAAUAUAACAACAUUGGCAUAAUAAUGGAAUUCCUUUGAGGUGUGCACUUAAAUAGAGAGGGUAAAAAUGACUUGCCCCCAGUUACUAUCGCCAUAAGGGGGGCAAUUGUAAUACUCUUUUUGUAUUAAAGGUAUAGUUCACCCAAAAAUUUAAAUUCUGUCAUCAUUCACUGACCCUUGUGUUGUUCUAAACGUACGGUUUAUGACUUUCUUUCAUAGAAAGCAAUAUAUUAUCCUCACCAUUCACUUUUAUUGCAUCAUUCACUUUCAUUGUAUGGAAAAAAGGUGAUUGAUAAGGUGAUUGUUCUGCCUAACAUCUCCUUUUGUUUUCCAUGAAAGAAAGUCAUAUAUGUUUGGAACAACAUUAGGGUCAGUUAUUAAAAACAGACUUCUUGGAUUUAAUUCAACAUUAUAGCCUAGUCUUUAUCAAUAUAAAUAUAUUAAUGGUACUGCUACACUAGACAAAUAUGUUCCUUAUUUCAAAAGAUGGCAUUUAGAUUUGUAGUAGUUAUUAGGGCAAAUGUAAAAAAUUGCUCCCCAACUUCCCACAGGGACCAGUCCAUGUAAAUGGUAAGCUGUUUUAGUCUGCUAAACAAACUGUUUUACAAAUCUGGAAUGACUAACUCAUUAAAAGCAUUUCAGUGUUUGUAUGCAUGCUACCAUUUCCCCCCUGCCGUUGUGCUAUUGCUUAUGUGUGCAGUACAGAUGUCUGUAUGGUCUCCAGAAUUAUCCAUGCAGCUGUGGAGCAGUUGGGAUUUGGUAGAGGGGUGUUCUGUACGCCUUACAUCAGGCACCUAAAAGAUAGCCAUUUACUGUUUGUCAGACCUCUGGAGAUUUUUGUGAAGGUCAGGGUACUACAACACAAGCUGUUCAAACCAGUAACACAUUACUGCAAAAGAAAAAGACAUGAAAUGGGAAAAAACUUGCUUCUGGGUUGCAUUUUUUAUAUCUGAGAAACAGGCUGUGUUCAGAAUAAAAUACUUCUAACUGAAUAUGGUGCAGUUUUUUUAUUAACUAAAACAGUAGGCCCAUUU